GAGUUCAAUUACAAUUAUGAAGAUCCCAACAACAGCAAAAUACAAUUAUGAAGAGUUUUAUUUUACCGAUUAAAACUAAUGAAUCUAAUUAGCGAGGCGCCGAUAGAGUUUUUUUGAAUACGUAUACCGACGCUAAGGCGCGGAUCCGUCAGGCACAGUAGGCUCUAAACUAGCUCACGGCAAACCCUCAUCCUUCGUACAUCGAAAUCAGCGAAGACGAGGAACUUCAACAGGACCAAUACGCAGAGAUGCAAAACAAUGGCGAUCGAGACAACGAAAAUCACUAUGAUGAAGACGAAGAAGUAGAAGAAUUCGAAGAAGAACAAGAGGAAGUAGAAGAAGAAGACGAGGAGGAAGACUUCAUUGAUGCGGAUUAUGCUGCGUACCUUUCAGAACUAUUACCCUCUAGUUUUGGUCACCACGCUGGCGGGAUUUCUGGUGGAACAGAAUCGAGAGAUGGGGCAGAGAAAGGUGGAGAGAAGCGGAGAAGAAUCAGAGGACCGGGAACGUUGUCAUUGGGUGGAAUUGGAAGCGCAGAAGGCUCCCAAGGCAAUGAAUGGAAUCGGAGUGGAAUCGAUGGCCUAUUUUGCCCUAUCUGCUUGGACGCUUGGACCAAUGACGGCGAUCAUCGCAUCUGCUGUCUUCCCUGCGGCCACAUAUACGGCAUGUCUUGCAUAACAAAAUGGCUACAGCGUAGAAAUUCGAGAAAGUGUCCUCAAUGCAACCAGAAAUGCAAGUUGAAGGAUGUUAGGAAACUUUUCGUAUCACAGGUUCUUUCUGUUGAUGAAGAAUCACAAAAGAGGAUUCGGGUACUUGAGGAUAAGUGUGCUUCUCUUGAGGAGAAGGUUGCUGAUCUUUCUAAGAAAGAAGCUGAAUGGCUAAAGCGAGAGGGUGAACUGCAGCAAAAAGUUCAACAGUGUACAGAGCCAUCGAUGGACUCUGCUAAGAUUAUGCAGUCAAUCACAGCUCAGUGCAAUGACAUACUUUAAGUGUUUGGAUGAGCAUUUUACUGGAUUAAUUGAUGGUAUGGGAGCGAAUUUGGAGCACAGAAUUGAUGGUAUUGAAGCGACUUUGGAGCGAUUUGGAUCACCAAAGUCCAGAGGGUGAUGAUCCUCACACUUGAGUUGAUUUCAUUCUCUGGAUAUUUAGCUUAGGGCUUCUUAUUGCUUGUGGUGACUGUAGACUCUAUGGUAGUUUGUCAUUUUGGAUCUUGGGUUUGUAGCUUGAGAGAUAAUGCUACUCUUCUGAUGAAUUUGGUACUCCUUGAUCUUGUGAAUUAGGCUCAUGCUUAUGUUGGUUUAUCUUUGUGGAUGUUUUGAAUGACAACUUCGUUGUUCUGUUAAUCUGUUACUUUCUUAUUGGCUCAGUUUAUCCUUAGCCAUUUGCUUAUGACCUUCACGGAUUGGUGAAGGGGCAUACCAUGACGUCGGCAUUGGGUCUUAAUUCCGGGCAACAGAUUCUUGAGUUGGGAUCUAGGUGGGUUUGUGACCUCGAGGCUCCUUCUUCUCAGGCAUCAGCGUCCAUCAUGUGGCAAUUGGAGGAGGAGUUGACCCUCGGCGGCAGAGGCUGAGCACAUGUUGGAGCCUUUUCAGCUGUCUUGGAAUCAGACUAUGCAACAGAUACAUACUUUUAUCCCUACAUUCACCAUACCUCCUGGCCCAUUUGUACUACCAUCAGCGACACAGCCUGCCUUGUUUGUAACACCACCAGCGACACAGCUUGCCCGUUUCUACCACCACCAGCGACACAAUUGCUCUGGAAAUAUUUCACUGAGGAAUCCAUUUCGUCAAAAUCUAUCUUGACGAGCUUUGCCGGACAAACUUGCCAAUUCGGUUUACUAAUUAGAAAAUGUUGGCAGACAUUUCAAUGUCUCCCAGUUGUUAGUGUAAUUAACCUUAAAAUGUUCUACAUAACCAAUUACAUGCAUUUUCAAGAGAUAUUUAGCCA